CUUCUCGCUUUACGGACACUACUGUCGACGCGAGAGUUGAUUCUCCUGCGCCUUUUUGCAUCGCCUUUCAGCUGUAGUAAGUCGACUUGGAAAUGCUGCUUUAUCCAAUCGCGCCGAGUUACGCUGAUGUGCUCAGUUUCGCCGAGGCCAACCCAUGGGUAAUGGAUAGCCUACCUCCCAUAACUGCACCGCUGUUUGAUCAUUUCUUGAGCGAUUUGUUCCCGCCCUUCGAGCCACGGAAAGCUGACCCGUGCACUCUUGAUAAUGUGUACUGCCCGCCACCCGGCGAAGGCGAGCUCUUGGUUGAGGACAAGGUUGAUGAAGAGGAUGCGCUGCCCAACGUAUCAGCGAGCAGCAGUAGCGACUACGACGACUCGAUUAAGGCUUCAGCCGCCUGCGCUUGUGACGAUGAACAGCGCCCAUUGUCGGAGUUCUCCCGUUCAUUUGACGUUGCGGGAUUUGUCGCCGGAGAGAUAACCGUGAAGGCUGUGGGUAACUGCGUCGAAGUUCACGCCGGUCACCUAGAGAAACCCCCGCCAGGGCAGGAGGGGGACUACGUGCGCCGGGAGUACACCCAUCGCUUCACGCUGCCAGACGACGUGCGACAAGAUUCCAUUACAUCUGUCUUGACCGAGGAAGGUACCCUGGUGGUGCGAGCCCCGAGGAGCGACGUCGUAUGCGCCGAAGAAGCCUAUAGCGGAAGCACUGUCAGCUAAUAUCGAUGACAUUAAUUCAGCAAAGCCUAAAUGCCAAAACUAUACGUGCAUGAAUUAGACAAUUGCCCGUACACUUGUUAGCGAGUCUUGCAGAUUAUAAACGGCGUUUUAAUCUGGGGAACUGCUGUCCGCUCAAGAAGCUACCACAGGAGACGACCACCGACUCCGCAUUCGUGAAGAAACUGUCGCGGCUGACUGAGGAAUUUGUGCAUAACUACGCUAGAUAUUGAUCAAAGCGAUGGCAUCAGAUGAGACGCCAAUAGCAAAGCCUAAAUGCCAAAACUAUACGUGCAUGAAUUAGACAAUUUCCCGUACACUUGUUAGCGAGUCUCGCAGAUUGUAAAUGGCGUUUUUUCGUAGUAAAUGUCAUUUGUGCAGUAUUUCUGCUCGCGCGUGUAUGCACAUAUAUGUGCGUGUUCGUUGAUGUUUGAAAACGCUUCAGAAUGCGGAGACAAACUGCUUCUAUUAAAUAAUAGGUAACACCGUGAUUGAAAUAAAAGCGGAGAGACGAAUCAAUACAAAAUGUCUUGGGUGAUUCACUGACGCUUCGGCAUCGUAAUAAACUGGAAUGAACCCAACGCCGGAAAGUGAAAAGAACUGAAGAGAUGGCCUUUGACACCGCGUGAACCUCAUCUCUCCGUGAAAAAUCAAUUU